CGUGUGACUGAAAUCCCUGUCCAAAUCCGAGCUGUCAGUAUCUGCACUAAAAUCCAAAUGUAAAAUAACAAGAAAAGCUCAUUUUAACUCCCAUAUUUCAACAUAGUCAACAAUCAAAUGAGUCCCAAAGUGGAAAUUUGACUGACUGUAUUGAGUAGAUGUAUUAAUAAGCCUAUAAUUCAUAAGGUCAAAAAUAUCACAUUUAUCUGAAUGCUCUGUUAAAGAGCUUUUUCUGCACAAACUUCAGGUAAUUAUUAACACAGAAAUAUUUCUAAAAACUGUCAAGUUUACGGUCACAUUAUUGAUUGAUUCUGUUACCUUUGAGAAGUACUGAGAGUGGGUACAGUGUUUCUGUUGUUGGGCAGGUGGGAGUGGAAAGAGACGGGUGGGGGGGAGACAUGUCCCAUAUGAUAACAGUGAGGGCUCAAGGGAAAGUUAAUAUUGGUCACAGUGUAAGUCACUGAAGGGCACAAAUGUUAUGUUUUCACCUCGACAAAUCAUAAUGUUAUCUCGUGAUUUUGUGUUCAAUCUCUAAUUAGGUUUUUUUAAUCUAUUGCUCAACUUUUUACAACCUGUUGGGACAUUUUCCAGCACUGGCCAGUGUGGAAAUCAGAUUUAGUAAAAGGUCAUAUUUUAAGUUGUUGUUAUUUUAAAAACACAUGUUUAUCCACGAAGGAAAAACCUGAUUAGCUGAAGGUGAGUAAAUAAAUACUAAGAAUAACCAAGUCUUUUUUUUCUUUGACUUUUAAACCCAUGUUUGUAUUUAACCUGUAAGAUUUCUCUGGUUGGUUUAACAACAAAUACAACUGUGAAGAUCAACUUAAAGGGAAGGUAAUUGAACCUCUUUGAAACUUUAUAAUUGGUUAGUUUCUCAUUGAAAGUGGUUUCAGAAGAAAUGGCUUUCAUUAACAUUCCCAGAAAAUAGGAUAUCCUGAUGACCAUAAGAGAAAUGUAAUGCGUGUAAUGGGCAGACUAAAACUAAAUGACUCACACACCCUGUCUCUCCAUCAGAGCAUAUAACAAUAUUCUGUCAAUCAUUUACUGUCUGCUUCAAUACAUGGCAGGAACUGGUCUAGGUUAUUGGGAGCGGAUGAGGAAGUGCUCAAUGUUUUCCAGGCUGAGACAAGAAGAGAGCCACGAGGAACACAACGACCCUCAGGGAGCUGAUUGUUUGCCAGGUAACCCAGGUGGCACCCGAGCAUCAAAGAAAAGGUAAAAAAGAGGAAGAGCUGCAGCCCCCUGUGGGACGAUUAAAGGUAUUGUGAUUCUGAGCCACGCAGAAAGAGUGGCAUAGAUUUAAUCAGAUGAUGAUGAUGUCCACAUGAAGCCCAGUGUGUGUUGGAUCAGGACUCUCUCUGUCACCUGAAGCUCUCCUCCACCAUGCCCUACCUGGCGCACACCGGCCACGCCCAGCUUGGCGCCCUGUCGCUCAGCUUUGUGGGCUGCACGCUCACCACCGUGGCCCUUGGAUUCAUCCAGUGGAGGGUUUGGCUGGUUUCAGACAGGGAGGUCAUCAGCUCUGGGGUGGCGUGGGUGGGCGUGUGGCGGGCCUGCUUCAACAGCCACACCCCGGUGACCCCUGGAAACAUGGUGAUGCACUGCAGGGACAUCAGCCUGACGGAGGCCUUCACGCCGCCAGAGAUCGUGGCAGGUCAGGUCCUCAUGCUGCUGUCUCUGCUGGUGGGGCUCUGUGGGAACGCUGGCGGGGUCUACGCCUUGAGGAACGUCUACUUUGGUAUGGGGAAGAACUCCCCUAUCCGCUUGGCGUUCAUCACCAGCGGCACUCUGUGCCUGAUGGCGGCUGUCAUGUCCCUCACACCUCUCCUGUGGAACAUGAGCGCUGUGAAGAACAAUCAGACCAUAAAGUUCCCCCCUGAGUUUAAACUACCCCCAGCCCCUGAUUCUCAACGUGUCGGGUGCGGCAUCUGGGUGGGGCUGAUUGGGACGGGUCUUAUGCUUGUCUCUGGGAUUAUUUUCUGCACCUACAGAUUACCUGUGAGGUCACAGAACCUGGAGGGGUCAUCCUCAGUGACUGACAGCAGGGGGACUUUGGCUUCAACGAGCGCAGCCAGGGGGAAAGAUAACCUGGCGUUUGAGGUUCAUGAACAGUGACGCAUAUACUUUGACUCAGAGAGGAAUUGGCAACCUCCAAAUAUUGAGUUUUGUUUACAAAAAACUUGCUCAAAGCUGUAAAUAUAAAGGAGCCGUAAUGAGUUCACAGUAGCAGCUAAAGAUCCAUAUAAAGCACAAUGCCCACCACAAUCUAAGCUGUUUCUAAAUAUUGUUUUCAGUUUUGUUAUUCCCCAUUAAGGACAGUUACGCUGAGACCCCAUUAAUAAAUGUGUUAUACUGCUCAUCUAGAUCAUUCAGUAAUAUAAAUAACUGACAUAUAGAGGGAAAUCUAAUGUAAAAUACUGUUUGUUUGUUUCGCUUGCACAUUUAACUAGUUGAGGAAGAGCUAAACUUAAUUUCCUCUUUGUGUUUUCAUCUGAUGUUUGCAUAUAUGGUGCUGUGUUAAUAAACUGGAUUACUUUUA